AUGAGUGGAGACAAUAAUACUAACAAUAGUGCAACUGAACAAGUUAGCAAGAAAAAUAAGUACAGAAAAGAUAAGCCUUGGGAUAAUGAUCCUACCCUAGAUAAGUGGAAAAUAGAACCUUUCAAUAAAGGUGAUAUGUCCGAACCUCUUGCUGAAGAAUCAUCUUUUGCCACAUUGUUCCCCUAAUAUAGAGAAAAAUACAUUUAAGAAUGUUUUGGUAAUGUGAAGAAAGUUCUCUCUGAAUAUGGUAUUAAGGCAGAACUUAACUUAACAGAAGGUUCUAUUACUGUAAGAACUACUAAAAAGACUUGGGAUCCCUAUGCAAUUAUUAAAGCCAGAGACUGUAUUAAGUUAUUAGCCAGAUCAGUCCCUUUCUAAUAGGCAUUAAGAGUCAUGGAAGAUGGUGUGUUUAGUGAUGUUGUUAAAAUUAGAAGCUUAGUUAAGAAUAAAGAAAAGUUCAUUAAGAGAAGAUAGAGAUUAAUUGGACCUAAUGGAUAAACUUUAAAAGCUCUUGAAUUGUUAACUAAUUGCUACAUUAUGGUUUAAGGAAGUACUGUUAGUUGUAUUGGAGAUUGGAGAUAGUUAAAAAUAUUACGUAGAAUCGUAGAAGACACUAUGUUUAAUAUCCAUCCUAUUUAUAAUAUUAAAGAAUUGAUGAUUAAGAGAGAACUUGCUAAGGAUGAAAAAUUAAAGAAUGAAAAUUGGGACCGUUUCCUACCUUAAUUCAAGAAAAUGAAUGUCAAAAAGAAAGCUAAAAAGUAAAAAGUUGAAAAGAAGGAAUAUACUCCUUUCCCUCCUGAGCAAUAACCUAGAAAAGAAGAUAUUGCUAUGGAAACUGGUGAGUACUUUAUGACUGAAAAGGAAAAGAAAACUAAGGAUUUAAGAAAUAAGAUGUAGAAAUCUGAAGAAAAGUUAAAGGAAAAGAUAGAAAAAUAGAUGAAAUUAUACGAAGCACCAGAAGUCGAAAAAGAAAUAAAGAAGGAAGAAAAGAAGUAAAAGAAGAAAGAAAAAGCUACAGAAUCUGCUUCAAUCGAAGAGCUCAAAAAUAAAUUUAUGGGAAAUACUGUAAAAAAAGUUAAAAUUUUUUGA